AUGGACCACAUCCUUCAGGCCAACAGAGAUGGACCACAUCCUUCAGGCCAACAGAGAUGGACCACAUCCUUCAGGCCAACAGAGAUGGACCACAUCCUUCAGGCAAACAGAGAUGUACCACAUCCUUCAGGCAAACAGAGAUGGACCACAUCCUUCAGGCCAACAGAGAUGGACCACAUCCUUCAGGCCAACAGAGAUGGACCACAUCCUUCAGGCAAACAGAGAUGUACCACAUCCUUCAGGCAAACAGAGAUGGACCACAUCCUUCAGGCAAACAGAGAUGGACCACAUCCUUCAGGCAAACAGAGAUGGACCACAUCCUUCAGGCAAACAGAGAUGGACCACAUCCUUCAGGCAAACAGAGAUGUACCACAUCCUUCAGGCCAACAGAGAUGGACCACAUCCUUCAGGCCAACAGAGAUGGACCACAUCCUUCAGGCAAACAGAGAUGGACCACAUCCUUCAGGCAAACAGAGAUGGACCACAUCCUUCAGGCAAACAGAGAUGGACCACAUCCUUCAGGCAAACAGAGAUGUACCACAUCCUUCAGACAUACGUCAACCACAGACUUUAGGUAGAGGUGAGCCAAGUGCUUCCGCCAAGCAGAGUAGAUUGGAUAAGUAUCCAAAGGAUUGGAUGGUGGAGGGGACGGGGAAGGAUAGGCGAACCUGUCGAAGGUAA